AUGUCCGGCACAGCUACACAGCAGGGCCCUCAAGUGAGGACCCACGGGAGCCGGUAUCUGGAAGGGAAGACUAAGGACCAGCAGUGGAAGUCAGUCAGUUCUUUCCUGUCAAUUCUAAACCUGCCAGGAAGCAGCAGGACUCACAAUCAAGACAGGAAAGAUCAAAAGGAUUUGCCUCCUCCUGAGUCAUGUGCGGUGGUCCCUGGUUGCCGCCAUGCAGUGGAAGAAAAGUCCUCUGCUGCAGAAUUAUUUUCCUCUAUCUCCUCUGCAAACACGCUCAUUCCUGCUAAUGGGGAAGAAAGACUUCAAUGCAAUCAAGAUGAUAGUUGCCUGGGAUUCCUCGAGAAGUUGGAGAGUUCGCCCCCCUUUCAAACAGCCUCUUUCCGAUUCCAUCCCAUCGGUAAUACUAAACCCUCUUUGUGCUCAGAACACCCAAAAGGAGAGAGGCUCGUGAAAAUAGACUACAUGCGUGUCCCCCGGAAAAGGGUGGUGCCUGUCCUGUAUGAGGGAGAGAACGGACUGGAGCCUGCCUCAAAGAAGACAAAAAUGGAAGAACUGACCAUUUCUGAAAUAAGCUCUAUAAAACCCGGCCUCUCUUGUACGUAUCCAGAAGAACUCCUGACUGACGGUGACUCCAGCUGGAACAACGAAGCCCAGGAGGAAAGGCAGGAGGCGGAGAGUCCAACAGAGCUUCCACCUCUAGAGGGAUGUUCCAGGGCCAAGACGCCCGAAUGGCUGGUGGCCCCAGAAAGUGGCUUCAGGUGCAUGGCCGGCUGCCGGGUCUUCCCCACCUUAAAGGCCCUCAAGCAGCACGGGCAGGAUGGGGUCAGUGAGGGCUUUAGCUGCCACGUUUUCCAUGUUGCCGUGACUUGGCUGAAGAGCAAGCAGAACAAGGUAGAGAAGAUGACGCGGAAGAGGGAGGAGAAGGAAGGCAGGAAGAUGACGCACAGGUGCCAGAAGAUGAAGCAUUUUGGCGUGAAGAAAUCUUCAUGCAAAUACAGAGAUUAUUUUUCAGCCCCUACAAGGGAGCAAGAAGAGUAG